GUAAUGUUUCGUCAAAAUAAGUCCGAAACGGUAACUUUGACCAGAAGUCAAUUACAUGCUAUACUAGAGCUCAUCACUCAAAUCGGAGGCACAACAAACAGUUCAGAGACGAGAAAUAAUGUUAUCAGUGAUCACACAAUAAAUACCAACAGAUUUAUUGAUAAUAAUGUAAAUGAAGAACACUUAUUAAGUGAUUGUCUUAAUUGGGAUAACGAUAAGGAAGACAUUAUGUCUAGAAGUGAAUGGAUAUCAAAUAAAACUCAAAGAAGUGAUAAUCAGUUACCCAGAACCUCAUCACUUGUAUUAUUAAACGACAAUAAUAUUGUUAAUAAUAGAGUACUUUCUUCAGCAAUGAGUGAUAUCUCUAAAGUAGAUGAACUAAGAAAUGAUUCGGCAAUGACUAACAGUGACCACAAUCACAGACGUUAUGCCAAAGUUAAUGACUCGGAAUUUGAUUGGAAUGAAUUGCAACAGAAAAAACUCAAGACUUUAGAGUACAGAAAAGCUUUGGCUCUUCAGUAUGAAGAAAAACAACGAUUAAAAAUCAAAGAACAACAAAAGAUUAGACGAGAGGAACAACUACUUGAAAAACGAAUUGAAGAACAAAGAAUCAAAAUGAGAAAAGAUUAUGAAAUGGAAAGAAAUUUAAUGGAAGAGAAAAGACUUUUGUCAGAGAAAAAACGUGAGGCUGUCGUUGAGGCCAUCGGCAGAACAGAACCAAUCAUCAGAAAGAGAAACUUUUUGAUUGACAGAGAUUCCGAUAUACAGACAUCUGUUGUGGCAGAAGUCAAACCACAAACAAGAACUAGAGAUAUAUCGGCACAAACAGAGACUAUUGACUCUUCGUCUCAAUAUUCUGAAUGUGGGACACAAACUGAUGUCCAAUUGUUACUCCAUUUGUUAAAUGAWUUGAAAUUAAUUACUAAAGACAAACAUAAAGCAAAGUCCAAAUCGUAUGAAAACUUGUCAACCGAUUCUACCUCUUCAGCAAAUACACAUCGACCACGUCUUGUAAAUAGAAAUAAAGAUUAUGACGACACAAAAGAUGUACAAAAUAAGAAUAAAUUAAUCAAUAAAAGACCCGUUUGGCAGAAGAAUCAUAAAUUCAAAAAUGUUAUUAAAACUAACGACAAGACGACAAAUCUGGUGCCAAAUAAAGCUCAAGAAGAUGAGACAAACUUAGUUGAACUUAAAAUAAAUCACCAAAAAAAUGAAUCAAAUAAUGAUUUGUUGCCAAUGAAGAAAUUGCGAAGAAAUUCAUUAACAAAGUCUGCAUUGAAUUUAAAUACAUUGCAAUCCAGUAAAAAGCGAAUCAUGUCUUCAAUUGAAUCGACAAAACAACUAAACUUUUUGCCAGAUAUUCGGCCAAAUUCGAGGAAAAAGUGGUUUAGUCAGCAAUCAUUUGAUCCAAAUUUCUUAUCAUAA